AGGUCCAACGACUUCCAUUUGGCGGAGACUUGCGCACGACAAACGUGCAACGGUUGCGGCGAGAUAGGACAUCCUGAAAGCAGGUGCCCUAGCGCAUCGCGCGACAUCACCUGCCCGCUCUGCCGCCAGACUGGACACCGGCCGGAGCAGUGCGAUCGGGAACCGAGCAACACCUCAGCCUGAAGAUGUCGCACCGCACGCAAUCCAAAAUCUCCUUUGCCACCUGGAACGCGGCUAGUCUUCUGCACGACGGGCGACGAAGGUUUCUCUCCACCUUGACGCGCAAACACGAUGUAGUGUUUCUACAAGAGUGCCGCAUACAACCGACGGUCACCUUUGAUAGUGGCGACUUUCUACGAUAUCUACCGACAGCUCCGAAUACAGCGCGCGGCUGCCUCACUUGGGACGCGGGUAUCGUCAUCUGCCGCCCGGACUGGAUUAUUGAAGAGACUCGAAUCGGGGACAGGUGGGUCCACGUUCGAGUCCGUCUGCCAGAAGGAUCCUUUCUCGGGCGCAACGGCCGGCAAACUCUUCAUCUCUGGAGCCUGUCCUGCCCUCCCAUCCGCACAGAAGCAGUCGAGUGGUGGGCUGCCGAUGUUCCUGGCUUCUCACGCGUCCUGCCGGGAAGCACCGACUUGGUGGUCAUCGGCGCCGACUGGAACGCUUUACACGAUGCUCACAUCGACUCACUCAACACCCACCCAAAUCAGACCCGCUGGGGUCACAUCUCGCCCGUGUUGGAGCAUCUCCACCUGUUCGAUGCCUUCCGCUUUCUACAUCCAUACGAGCGCAGGUACACACGCUACAACUACCGGCACGGGGAGAUCAGCGGCGCAAAGAGGAUCGACUCGGUCUGGAUCAGCGACUACUUUGCCGAUUCUUUGCGCGCCACCGACUUCUCCUCAUCUCCGUCCGACCACUGGGCUGCUAGCAUUGAGGUGCGGGAAGAUGACCACAUCAGCGACCUAGGUCCCGGCACCUGGCGUCUGCAUCCGGGUGUUGCCUCCGAUCCAGCAAUGAAGGCUUUCGUCGCCGACUAUGUGGAACGGUUGCUACAGAGCACGGAGUUCGCUCGGCAGGCCGGCAUCGAUGGGCCUCUAAGGACAUGGUACGCCUUCGAGGAACGACUUCGGGUGGCGAUACUCUGCAAAGGCCUCAGCAUCAAGGCCGCUCGGGAUGCUGCGCUCAGCGAGGUGCAGGUGCUACAUGAUAAACUCCUCAGUCUGGACCUCGCCCACCCUGAUCAACGCCGAGUCUUUUAGGCGACUCAUGAGCAACUGCGCCGCGCAGAGAGACUGGAGUCCGACGCAGAGAAUAUGGCCUUCGUCUCGCGCACACGAGCAGAGAUGUGGCGGCCAACGGCGUGGGUUCUUCUAAAAACACGAGGCAUCACUCCCACCAUC